GAUUCUGGUAAUAGAACUUUACACUUUUUUACAUAAAACAUAGAAUGAGUUUACUAGGUUUUGGUUCUAAAUUCUUCAUUUCAAAUACUUGUUCUUCUUCUCCUGUGCUUCCUCUCAUUUCCUCUACUUCUUUUUCCUCCCACCUCCAAUUCCAUCACAAUUUCACUCUCUCAGGGAGGAAGAAUUUAGUCAUACACGCACAAAAUAUUGGUUAUAACAGUGAGCCAAGUCUUAUUGAUGUAAUGGAAUCAGAAAAGGAAUUACCGCAAGUGAAUAAAAAUCUUUAUCCCCAUAUAGAGCCAUAUAGUACUGGAUUUUUGAAGGUUUCUGAUAUUCACACAAUCUACUGGGAGCAGUCAGGAAAUCCGAAUGGGCAUCCAGUUGUCUUUCUUCAUGGGGGUCCAGGAGGAGGUACUGCACCGAGUAAUAGAAGAUUCUUUGAUCCUGAAUUUUACCGCAUCGUUCUAUUUGAUCAGAGAGGAGCAGGAAAAAGUACACCCCAUGCUUGCUUGGUCGAAAACACCACAUGGGACCUCAUUAAUGACAUUGAAAAGCUGAGACAACAUUUGGAAAUUCCAGAGUGGCAGGUGUUUGGUGGGUCAUGGGGAAGCACACUUUCUCUUGCAUACAGUCAGUCACACCCUGACAAGGUCACAGGCAUGGUCCUUAGAGGGAUAUUUCUUUUGCGAAAGAAAGAGAUUGAUUGGUUUUAUGAGGGAGGUGCUGCUGCCAUUUAUCCAGAUGCUUGGGAGCCGUUUAGAGACCUCAUUCCAGAAAAUGAGAGGGGUUCUUUUGUUGAUGCCUACAGCAAAAGACUCAAUUGUGAUGAUAAGGAGAUCCAAUUUGCAGCUGCCAGAGCUUGGACCAAAUGGGAAAUGAUGACUGCUCAUCUUCUUCCAAAUGAAGAUAACAUCAAGAAAGGGGAUGAUGAUUAUUUUUCAUUGGCUUUUGCAAGGAUUGAAAACCACUACUUCGUGAACAAAGGCUUUUUUCCUUCUGAUUCUUUCCUGUUAGAUAACGUUGAUAAGAUAAGGCAUAUCAACACUACAAUUGUGCAGGGAAGAUAUGACGUUUGUUGCCCUAUGAUGUCAGCUUGGGAUCUUCAUAAGGCAUGGCCAGAGGCAGAGUUAAAUGUUGUUCCAGAUGCUGGACAUUCGGCUAAUGAGCCAGGAAUUGCUGCAGAACUUGUGGCUGCAAACGAGAAUCUGAAAAAUAUUGUCAAGAAUGGACAAUGAGAAGGACCAGGCACAGCAUGAUCUUUGAGGUCCAAAGCAACUUUCGGGGAAAAAAAAAUGGGUCACAUUCAUGACAGUGUGCCUUGAAAUGUACUAGAAAAUAUAUUACAAACAAAAAUCUGAGAAAUUGGGUGGUUCAAGAUUGAAACCCUCUUGUUGGCAAUAAGCAAAUCUUUAAAUAUGAAUGAAAAAUGUUUACAAGACAGUUGAAGAUGGAUUUGUUGUGGAUUCAGAAUGCAUAAAGCCUUUUGUAUGAAAACUAAUUACAGUUAUUAAAAUUAUGUUUAAUACCAGGCAAAUAUCCUACUUGUUCA